AGCUCAGGAAAGUAGAAGCAGCUUCAAUUUUUGUGUUUACAGCCCCAGCAGCCGAGCGGUUUCUUUUCUAACGCUGAAACGUGGGACCGUGGGAAAUACACUGACUUCGGAAUGACUGAUGACUGAUGCUCAAAGGGACAUUCUCUGCUGAUGGCAGUGAUGGAGAACGCAACAUGGCCACAUCCCUCAUACCUCCCACAUUAUCUCCUCCGUGGUGACCCUUUCGCCUCAAGACUCUCCAGGGAGGCGGACGUUGUUGCAGCCCUUUACGUCUGUAUCAUAGGAAUCAUGUCUGCAACAGGGAAUGGAUAUGUCAUUUAUAUGACCAUGAAACGGAAGACCAAGUUAAAGCCUCCUGAGCUCAUGACUGUUAACCUAGCCAUCUUUGAUUUUGGCAUAUCAGUGACAGGAAAGCCCUUUUUCAUUGUGUCUAGUUUAUCCCACCGCUGGCUGUUUGGCUGGGAGGGAUGCCGAUUCUAUGGCUGGGCAGGCUUCUUCUUUGGAUGUGGGAGCCUCAUCACAAUGACUGUGGUCAGCCUGGACCGGUAUCUCAAGAUUUGCCAUCUCCGAUAUGGCGCAUGGCUAAAACGCCACCACGCGUUCCUGUGCCUGGCCUUUGUAUGGGUGUAUGCAGCCUUCUGGGCCACAAUGCCCCUGGUGGGCUGGGGAAACUACGCCCCGGAGCCCUUUGGGACCUCUUGUACCCUGGACUGGUGGUUGGCUCAAGCCUCAGUGUCUGGCCAGAGCUUCGUCAUGGCCAUUUUGUUCUUCUGUCUUAUACUCCCUGCAGGGAUCAUUGUCUUCUCUUAUGUUAUGAUCAUCUUCAAGGUCAAGUCAUCUGCUAAGGAAAUUUCACAUUAUGAUGCACGCAUCAAAAACAGCCACACCCUUGAGAUGAAACUCACAAAGGUGGCAAUGGUGAUCUGCACAGGCUUCUUGAUAGCCUGGAUCCCUUAUGCAGUGGUGUCAGUGGUGUCAGCAUUUGGUGAGCCAGACUCAGUGCCCAUCCCUGUGUCUGUUGUUCCUACGUUGCUGGCCAAAUCCUCCGCAAUGUACAAUCCCAUUAUCUACCAGCUUGUGGACCUGAAAAUCUCAGCCUCCUGUUUUAAGGUUAUGAAGAAACGAAGGCAUUUUAGAAAGUCAAGGUUCUAUGCCAUCUCUGGCUCAUUAAAAGACACACCACCAGCCAAAGAAGUCCACAUUGAGGUGUGAGACAAAUGUGAGGCUACAUGACCUCUUUUUAUCGCUUCUAUUUUGGACAGUUGGACUUGUUCCCUGUCCUAUGUGCUCUACCAAUCACUCUCGACAUUUUCUGUGACAUUAUGGACUGCAUACAUUUGUUCCCAAGUAUCACAGCUUGGUUUUGCACCCACACUGGAUAUCCAUGUAACCCUCAGCUCCCAACUUCUUACUUGGAAAACAUCUUUCCUAUGUGGUGUUCUUCCCAUGCGGUCACUUGAAUGGUGUUGUUUUACAUUGGCAGUGUGCAUGUGAUAAACCUACUCUUUCAGCUUUUUUCCCCCUCAUUAUUACAGACACAUUGUUUGUCAAUGCUAUUAGCAAACAAUGCACAUCUUACUGACUUACCAGCAUUUUUGCUACCAGCUCUUCGCCACUGUCAACCCAAAACCUAAGAUAUACCUUUUUUGGUGGAGGAAAAAAAAGUAAAACUAUUACAAAUAUUUCAAAGGUUUAAUUUUAGCAUAUUUCAAAUGCUCAACUGCAAUUUAACACUGCAACAACCUUAGCACAUGUAAGCCAUGUGCCAGUGUGGCCUCAAGCUCAAAGUAUCUUUACUGUUGUCCUUCGUACUCUUACACGUGUGGCUUCUAUACUGUAAAUAUAUAUCAAAGGCAAAAGGCACUGGAUCACCUUAGUUUCUAUGUUUUCUUCAGCUUUUUACUACACAGAACCGGUUAUGUCACUUUGAUUCAUAAAAGUAGUUAAACUAACAUUGUUACUUUUAAAACAAAGCCAAUUUAACUAAUUGUAGUGAAUUUUUGCAGAAACCAAUCAUUUAAAGUGACAACACCUAAAGUGUUUUUUAGUUCUAUUUUUCAAUAUUAACUGUUGUGGUAAUGGGCACAGAAAUAAUAAUAGUUAAAUCAGGGACCAUUUUUAAUGUGUUCAUUGUUGGGUGUCUUUUUUUGCUAAUGCAAGAAAUAACAGGAUUCAUUAAAGAGUAUU